CAUUCAUGCAUUCAGGCAGCACUGGUUGGUCAGCCGGUAGUCAGUGCUAAAAGAUGGAAAAUUUGACACCUCUUGCAGGGCAAGUCGCCAUAGUAACAGGGGCGACCAGAGGCAUCGGUAGAGGAAUAGCUCUACAGCUAGGAGAAGCAGGAGCCACUGUUUACAUUACUGGCAGGACUUUGAAAUCUAAUGGAAAUUCCAAGCUAUCUUUGGAGGGCACCGCAGAAGAGAUCGAGAGUAGAGGCGGGAAAGGCAUACCUGUUCAGUGUGAUCACAGUAAGGAUGAAGAAAUCAAGGCGCUGUUUGACAGGGUGAGGGCUGAACAACAUGGCAGACUGGACAUACUGGUCAAUAAUGCCUACUCUGCAGUAGAGAGAGUUCUAGGCAAUAUAAACCAACCUUUUUGGGAGCAAGAGCCAGAAAUAUGGGACGAUGUCAACAAUGUUGGUCUAAGAAAUCAUUAUGUGUGUUCAGUGUAUGCAGCUCGCCUCAUGAUUCCUCGAAAGCGCGGCGUGAUCGUGAACAUUUCCAGUAUGGGAGGCCUGAACUAUCUCUUCAAUGUUGCAUACGGUGUAGGGAAAGCUGCUGUUGACAGAUUAGCAGCGGACACUGCUCAUGACCUGAAAAAAUAUAACAUAGCUUCUGUCAGUCUUUGGCCAGCGUCAGGACCCGUGCAGACAGAGUUGGCUAUCGAUAUGCUGGAUGACUCAAAAAUCCAUGUGGAAGGAGUUCCGGCAGAUAUGUUGAAACAUGUUUGGUGUGAAAGCGAGUCCACCGAGUAUAGUGGGAAGUGCAUUGUUGCCCUUGCAACAGACCCAAACAUUAUGCAGAUGACUGGAAAAGUGCUUUUAACAGCAGAACUUGGAACUAAAUAUGGUUUUAAAGACAUAAAUGGAAAAUGUCCACCUAACAUGCGAUCUAUAUCUACACUACUGAGAAUGGGAGGCUACAUUAAACUGGCAAGUUGGAUACCAUCCUGGUUAAAAAUACCAAUGUUUAUAUGGAGUGCUCCUGCAUAUAAAUUCUAACUAUAUUUACUUAAGUUUUUGGUCUGUAACACAGAAUCUUAAUGAUAUCACCAAUAAGAAUAACUGCCAAAUCCAUUGAGCUGAUCUGCAUGUAUCUUACUAAUGCCUUCCAGUUUUGUAUGAUUUUUUUGACUUGUCGACAGAAAUAGAAUUGAUAGGGUCACAGAUGGAAAUAGCCUUAUUCAAAAAUAUUUCUCUUGGACAAAUUUUAAGUGCACGUCAUGAAAAAACUUUUGUCAAGAGGCACCACAUAAGGCUGGCAAGACUGAUUUUAAUCUGGUGCAAGAGGAUUCUUCAGUAUAAGAGGAUACUUUUUAUUCUUCCAUUAAUGAAACCAAACUUUACAGAAUGGCUGAAAAGGUAUCGAUGCAUGCACUUAAAACAGUUCUCCAAUUUUCACAGAUGGGAAUCGAAGCAUUUUACUG